AUGCGAAUAGUUACUAUUCAAUAAAAUUUUGGAUAAUUCUUGGAAGAAUUCCUUACAUUAGCACUAAAGCAGAGAUAUAUUCUGCUAGUGAAAUUGUUACACUUAAAUCUUGAAGGUUUAAUUUAAUGUAAUUUAGAUGAUUAAUAGCCCAAUGGCCACAUAGCAAUAAAUUUAAACAGAACUCAAGUAAGGUUAUUAAUAAAGUUAGGUUUAACAAUACUCUAUUAUUUUAGAGUCAAUCCUAAAGGAAAUAUUAUUAGUAUUUUAUUAUAAUAUUUAUUAGAGCAAGAAAGAUUGA